GCCCAGAGCACCAAGAAAGGGCGCCGCUGGCGGGAUAGCGGGCGGACCUGGCUCUGCAGCCCGGAAGGCGAUCUUCAGGGUCCCAGGAGCCCUUCCACAGCCCUAGCUCUCCUUCGGGCAACAUUCGGAGAAAGAAAAUGGCACACAGCUUUUCGCUUAAUGAUGCCUUAGCUGGCCCUGGAAACCCAAACCCUCAGGGAUGGCCUGCAUGGGGGAACCAGCCUGGGGCUGGGGGCUACCCAGGGGCUUCCUAUCCUGGGGCCUACCCGGGACAGGCUCCUCCUAGUGCUUACCCUGGCCCAAUGGCCCCUGGGGUUUACCCCAGACCUCCUGCACCAGGAGCCUUCCCAGGGCAACCUGGGGGACCCGGGGCCUACCCCAGUACUCCUGGGGCCUAUCCUGCUGCUGGCCCUUAUGGUGCCCCUGCUGGACCACUGCCAGUGCCUUAUGAUCUGCCCUUGCCUGGAGGAGUCAGGCCCCGCAUGAUGAUCACAAUCCUGGGCACAGUGAAGCCCAGUGCCAACAGGUUUGCUCUAGAUUUCAAGAGAGGGAAUGACGUUGCCUUCCACUUUAACCCCCGCUUCAAUGAAAACAACCGAAGAGUCAUCGUGUGCAACACCAAGCAGAACAACAACUGGGGAAGGGAAGAGAGACAGUCAGCUUUCCCGUUUGAAAGCGGCAAGCCCUUCAAAAUACAAGUCCUGGUUGAAGCUGACCACUUCAAGGUCGCAGUCAACGAUGCCCACCUGCUGCAGUACAACCAUCGGAUGAAAAACCUCUGGGAAAUCAGCCAGCUGGGGAUCUCUGGUGACAUAACCCUCACCAGCGCGUCACACACCAUGAUCUAAUCCAGAAGGGCCAACCCCUGAAACUGGCUCUGAGCUCAUCACAAAUGAAAGAAUUUACAUUUAUUCCUCCUCAUCCUUCCAUUUAGUAAAUAUUCUCAUGCUGA